UUUCUGUUCCCUGACUUUCCGUUUUGGGCUCGUUUGCGACGCGAUGGUGCCGCUUCAAUCUGAUUCUAACUCGUCCUGAUGCACCCGUAGGGGCCGACGACUCAACGAGCUCAACAUCCCGGCGCGUCGCAAGGCUCUGUUCAAUACCCAGCGGCUUCGUGCGAUAUUCGAUGCGACAACGGCCGAGAACUUUCCAUCCACAUCAUCACCUAAGUUGACAGAAAAUGGGCCGCGCUCGUGGGAUUCCCCCGGCACCUAUCCUGACGGAACGCCUGCGGAUUUCGGGACCUCGGCGAAAGCCUCAGCACCAAGUGCCUUAGUUGAGCCGUUGCCAGCUGGCCAGGGCGCCCAUUCUGGCACUUCGCUGCCGCCAGACUCGGUUGCCAAAGCACAGAACGGGGGCAUCGAAAGGUCUUCAGUGAACGUUGCACCGAGCCAUCCAGCAAUCCGAGACAAAUAUAAUGGCGCCUUUGGUACGCACGAGCCUGCCGAUAGCAGCACAGCUGUGGCGAUUCCACCUCCGCCGCCGCAAGUCACACCUACUCCACCCCAGGUUCCUCGCAUCGAUGUACAAGUGGCUCAGGCCGACGACCGGGGCUCGCUGCAAGUGGGAGCCCGCGACAUGCGAGCCUCGGGGGAUGCCGGAGGUGCCACUCUUACCCAAAAUCCGUCUACUGUAGACCCUGCCCGCCAGCCAGAUUUGCUGUCCUCGCCUGAUUCCACUGCCCAGUCAAUGUUAACCCCGGCCGUGCACGAUGCGUCGGCCAACACGAGUCCCAACAGUGACGCACCGCAAGACUUGGAAAGCGGCGUGGAGACUCCCAAGGAGAAAACAGGGGGGCACGGGACAGAGAAGGAGGACCUUAAUGAGGCGGCGCAGGAAUCAACCUUGGGUAUUGGCGAUACCCACGAGCAGCAUGAUGGCACGGCCGCUGCACGGGUUGGUAGGCAUCUGCCUGAUAAGGUGCAACCCAGUGUAUCGGCUGGCUCCUCUGGAAGGUUCGAUGAUACAGGUCCAAACGGACAGGGCAAGUGGGAUCAAGGUGCCACGACAUCUAUGAACAUUGAUAAGGCAGACGGCACCGCAACUGAGAGCCAAAAGCAUGCAGAGGUUGAUUCUGCUCAAGCGUCCCGAAAUGGAACAGCAUGCAGUUCUAUACCGCCACAUUCGGUUGGCUCGUCGAACACUGCCGAAAAAUCGAUGUUCGAAUCACCGAUGCCGGGUCCUUCAACUACUCCAGCCGAGCUUUCGAGACAGGUUUCAGCAGAUGCCAACAGACCUCGCGGUACCGGGGAUGAAGCGGCCAGCCCUCGUGCCUCUUCUUCCCAGCUGGUAUUGCAUGCCAACAAGGCACGCGAUAGGCGACGGAGAAGCACCCCAACAGUUAUCUUCGGCAAGCAACCCAAGAGGCCAAAACCUUCGGAGGAUGGAACAGUCAUAGUCAGUCAGAAACCCGGAUACAUACCGACCGACGAUUAUUUCACGCCCCUGUUUAUCGAGGGUUUCACGAGGCAAUCCACGUGGAUGAAGCCCAUUGAAAAGCUCAUCAACCAAGCUCACAAGACGCUCUCGACGUCGGACCAAUAUAUCUCGAUGUUGGAUCACCAGGCCUGCAAGAUCUUACGUAGAGUGUAUCAUCUCCAGCAGCAUGACAAGUGGUCCCUGAGGCAGCCAGUUCGAUGCCCAGAGCCAACACGACCAGCAUCUCACUGGGAUGUUCUCCUUCAGGAAAUGAAGUGGAUGCGGACCGAUUUCCGCGAGGAACGGAAAUGGAAGCGUGCGGUUGCACGAAACCUCGCCCGCGCUUGUGCCGAAUGGGUUCAUUCGGACCCAGCCACGCGGUCGCUUCUGCAGGUGAAUGCGGUCAUUCCACCUCGACCGGUAGACGCGGGGACGAACGGGAACAAGGUUGAACGCUCAGAGGCUGAAGAUGGUCUGCCCGACCUGAUUCACACCGACUCGCCAACAAAUGACGAAGAUGAACUCCCUGAACCCUUGGAUUGUGUGGCACCCUCUGCCAUCUUCGCGCUACCGGAUGACGAAGUAGUCUUUGGACUUCAGCCCUCGAAAACUGCUGAACUUCUCCUUCAAAACCUUCCGCUGCAUGGGUCGCCUCUUAUGGUUCCCAAGUUCGACGUCUCAAGCACAAACUACGAUCCAGACGCCAAGUGGAAGCGGCCAGCAGUACCUCUCAGCAAGUAUGUGGAGGGUGAAAUGGUAUUGGCGAACAGAGGGCCACCGCGCAAGCGCCGGCGAUAUGACUAUCUCGCGGAAGAAGAGGACGACGAUGAAGACGAAAUCAUUUUUGGGGACGAGACAGAUAACGGCGCUGAGCUUCAAGCCGAGAACACUUCGGUGGCAUUAUUCAGCCCAGAGAUGAAGCCAAUACGGGACCGCUUGCAUGCUGGCCACCAGUUCCGCCCGCCGACUGAGCAUCCCAUGCCCCCCCAGAGCUUCUUCGAGAGCCGGACAGCAUCUCAGUGGACUUUGGCCGAGGACGAGCAGCUCAAAACCCUUGUCCGUGAGUGCUCUUAUAAUUGGUCGCUGAUUUCGGCUAUGAUGUCCACUUCGUCUUUGUUCGCAUCCGGGGCCGAACGACGCACGCCAUGGGAAUGCUUUGAGCGCUGGGUGAGCCUUGGGAGUUUGGAAGGACUGCCGAACGACAUGGCUAGAACCCCGUAUUUCAAGGCAUACCAAGCCAGGAUUGACGCGGCUCAGCGGGCCAUUGCACAGCAAAACCAGAAUGCGCAGCAGCAAGUUGGACCCAACGGUGCGGUUGCGCCCAUUCCCAGACGUCGACCAACUACAAGCUUCCGCGUCGAGCGACGCCGCAAUCAGAAGCACCUCGCGCUGAUCGACGCUAUGCGGAAGCUAGCCAAAAAGCGGGAGGCGACGGCCCAGAAAGCUCAACAGGCAGCAAACCUGGCUGCCAUGCGCAAGGCCAACGAGGUCCCAAGACAGCAGAUUCAGAACAAGACGCCGCGGGACUACAGUAUCAUGCGAUGGGAACGCGAUCAAGCCCUAGCGGAGAGAAUGGCUGCGUAUGCUAUCCGGCAAGCAGACGCGAAUGCCCGGAGACUGCAAAAGCAGAACCUUCCCGGUCAAGUUCCCGGCACACCUGGUGUUGUCCCUGGUCCUCAGGCUGCCGCGCAAAUCGCUGCAGCCAAUUCGCUCAACAAUGCCGCUCGCCUUAAUGUUCCCGGACAGCUUGGAAUGCCUGGACAGAACCGCACUCCUGGACGCGUUUCGAUGCCGGCAACUGCAGGAGCGGUCCCCGCGGCCGUUCAAGCGCGUAUUGCCGCUGGUGGCCUUGUUCCGCCACUCCAGAUGGCAUCCAUGCAGCAGGCUCAACUUCAAGCGAUGCAGGCUGCACAAAGACUGCCGAUGGUGAAUCCACAGCCAGAUAUCAACCUUAUGCUCCAGGCCCGGUCAAUUCAGAACCAACAGCGGGCGGCCAUCCAGCAACUGCAGCAACAACAACAGCAAGCGCAACAGCAGGGCCACCCAGACCAGCAGCACCAGCAACAGCAACAGCACCAACACCAACACCAACACCAGCACCAGCACCAGCAUCAACACCAGCACCAGCAGCACCAGCAGCACCAACCGCAACAUCAACCGCAGCAGCAACAGCAGCAGCAGCAACAGCAGCAGCAGUCACAACAUUUCCAACCGCAACAGCAGCAAGCCACAACGCAACAACACCAAGUCCCUCCGCAGCAGGUCCCUCAGCAACAGCAGAUCAACCAGCAAGCGCAACAGUUGCCCCAGGCAAAUGGGACACAAGGGUCACCACCGCUGCGUAGUGUGGUCAACGGGCUGAACCAAGGAGCAUUCCUCACCAAUGCGCAGGCGAUGAUGGCGUCGUUUGGGGCGACGAAUGGCGCUGGUUUGGCUACCUCGCCGGGUGCUAACCUCAGUAUGCCUGCUGUACCGGGUCGUUCUCCGGGGGGGAUUCUUAGCCAGCAUAUCACACAGCGACUUGCUGAACUGGAAGCACACUACCGGGCCAAAAACCCGAAUCUACCGCCCGAGACGGUACGGCAACUCGCCACCGAGCAUUUGGGCCGGAUGAUUGUUCAGAGCCAGCAGCAGGCAGCCAUGAAUGCGGCGGCAGGAGCAGUCGCCCAACAGCCGAUGAAUAGCCCACAUCAAUAUGCCUCGCUCCUGCGAGCGCAGCAGCAAGCUCAGGCGCAGCAGGCUGCGCAGCAGGCCGCUCAGGUCAGUCAGCAGCAGGCAGGACAACACCAACGACAGACAAACGCGAGCGCCACACCGGCGCCGGGCAAGUAAUUGCUCUUACAUACUACGAGUUGUAGGGGGCGGGCAGUGCCGUGUAGUAUUGCAUUGUCGGUACGAAGUAGAUACCGACAGAUUCGAAUUGGCAACACGGAGGAUUGAGCAGACGGAAUGCUUAGAGCCGGAGCCCCCGUUUUCUCUUGGGUGGCGUUAUGAUGAUGUGUUCAUGUAUAUACAUUUCAUGGUUGGUCAAAUACACGAUCAAGGUAUAUACUUCGUAUUUGGGAUUUCGAUUUAUCUCUGCAGCCGGGAACAUUUGAUGUCGAUGCUUUAUUCUACCCGCUUGCUUGUGUUGUUUAGGUGAUUACGGAGUAUUAUGGGCAUGACAACCGGACCACGUUGAUAAGAUAACGUUAAGGCAUCUCCACUUUAUUUU